UGGCAGACGAACAGAAUGAUAGAGACUGAACACUGGAAUGUGAUGACACGCCUCCUUUUGAUUCACUUAACUCCUAGAGCAUCAUGGGAAUAAUACAGCAAUGAAAUGUUGGAGACAGCAUUGAUUCUUGGAGCAGGCUUUGCCCUGUGCUCUGUCACCCUUCUGUUUGGUUGCUUGUGCCAUCUCUUCAAGCGAUCAGCCCCAUUCUCGUCCUUUGAGAAUGAUGAAGAGGCUGGGCAUGACUAUUCUAUGUCACCGACAAAUGAGUCGGUUGACUCGUCCAUUGUUUCCAAUGUGACCUUUGAACCCUUGCCUGACAUUCUUGCAAAAACUGUAACAGCAACAGCUCUCAGGCCACGUAUAACUUCUGUGGACAAGGAGUGGCAGAAGGAAGCAGCACGCCAAAUAACUACAUUCAAGCCUUUUCAGAGAAUUCAGCUCACAUUUAUUAAGGAACUUGGGCUUGGUUGGUUUGGACAGGUUUUGGUCGGUGAUGCAGAAAAAAUUUUGGCUGGAUCCAAAAGAAGUAGAGUGAUAGUAAAACUGUUGAAGGAUGAUGCAGCUAUGUCGGAUAGACAACUCUUCUUGGAGGAGAUGGUACCAUUUAGAGAAUUGGAUCACAAAAAUGUAGUCAGCCUCUUGGGUCAGUGUACAGAGACAUACCCUUUCAUCGUCAUCUUGGAGCAUGCUCCUCAUGGUGACUUGAAGAGUUAUCUGAAGCGUCACCGCCAUGAGGAGGAGGACCUGGUGAAGAGAGGCGUGUUACUACAGUUUAUAACAGACAUGGCAGAUGGUCUAACCUGUCUCCAUCAAUAUGGAUAUAUUCACCAUGACUUCUCAUGUCGUAAUUGCUUAGUGAUGUCAAAUCUUAAAGUGAAAGUAGGAGACUAUGGAAUUUCUGAAGACCAGCAUAGGGAAGAUUAUUAUGAUACGGGUCGAGAUCUGCUACCAGUACGAUGGAUGGCCCCAGACACUCUCACUCUCAAUCAGCACAUAUGGCAGGUGUCAGAAUUCACUAAGCCUGCCAAUGUCUGGUCCUAUGGGGUAGCCAUGUGGGAGGUGAUAGAGAUGGCUAAACUCCCAUACAGCUCACUGAAGGAUGAAGAGGUCCUCCAACAGGUUGUUAUCGACCGAACACUCAAAUUGCCUAUAACCUCUUCUCAAGGACAAACCAAACAGAGACUAAAUGAAGUGAUGCAGUUUUGCUGGAUGCUGCCAGAAGAGAGACCUGCAAUGGAGGAAGUUAGUGCCUUGAUGUCCCAAAUAAUGCAUGAUCGUGAAAAGGAACUGCAGGCAGAGUUUGAGAAUAAAUGGGAAAGUGCCUCGCCCAAUGAUGCUGCUACUGCUGUGUCCAAAAAAUCUGAAGGGGACGAUAAAGUAUCUAUAAAGACAAAAGAAAGGGAAGUUACUGAUAGUGUUGUGAAUAUUGAAAAUAUUGCUGAUACUGACAGUUUGAAAAUGCAUAAGACUCUAGGAACUGAUUUAAACUUCACAGAAAAUGAACCAUCUAUCAUCACUGCUGAUGAAAAUGUUGCUUGUGAUGAUCACGCAAUAGCAGUUACCCCUUCUGAUUCACCAUCAUUUAAAACAGAAGAAUAUGCAGACAAAGUGAUUGUGACAAUGAAUGAAAAAGGACCAUCUUCGUCUGGUUCCUCAUUCCAGUUGACAAGCACCCCUGUUUCGAGAAAUGUGUCAUCAGAAUAUGUCACUGCAGCAAGUAUCAAUCCUGGCAGUGAAUUUUUCUCUGUAGAUAUGUCCCUUGAGAAUAGUGGGCCAGGAGACUUGACUGGACUUGUUACUCCCACCAAGGGUGAGGGAGAUGUAUUAAGUCAGCGGGACACAGUGAUGAACGCUGAAGUAACAGAUGAUGAGGAAGAUACCACUAGCUGUGCAAGUGCUAACAGUGUAGAGUUUGUUGAACUUAACAGAUCUGACGAUGAAAAAGAAGACGAAACGGGAACAGUGAAUGGGAGUGAGGCUGAUAAGUUGCGGAUGUUGAAAGAGAGCAUUGAGGAUGCCUUCUGCAUGAAAUCUAGUAUUACGUCAGAGCACAGUGAAAACGUUAAGGAUGGUGGAGACGGAUCCCCUCGAGAUGAGUAUGAUAUUGCAAGGGAGAUCUAUAUAUCUAAAGGCACUACUAUACCACCUACAGAACACACCUCUACUAGAAACUUGACAACCAUUCCUGAGGAUGCUGUUCCCAUGGAUUCACCCUCAAACAGCGGCCUUAAAUUUGUUGACCCUGGUGAUGAUACUUUUUUCUCCAAUGGAGUGCAGGACACAUUUGAAUGGGAUGAUUAUAUUGGGGAUGAUUUACAAUUGGUUGGUAAGGUAAAGGAUGCUGCUGACUCCCCUCGCCAGACUAUGGAGUUUACAGACUGGACUUUAGAACAAGAUUCCAGCCAGGAGUCACAGCAUUCCAAACCUGAUGGUGAUAAAAAAGCAGGAACGUCUUCGUCCAGCAGCAGUGUCAGUACACCAUACUCCUCGUCAGACUCCGAGGAUUCUGAUAGUGAAGACAAGAAGAAGACAGCAGAGGGAGACACUCUGGUUGACCUCAGCACUUCCACAGAUACUGAUCUUGCUACCAAGGAGUGAGGCAAUCAAGGACAAGAAUAUUUGCACUAAAAGCCAAAUUUCGAUUUUUUCAUUUGCAAAAUGCUUGUUCUGAACUUGUUUUGGUGUACUAGACAAUUUAAAAAUAGACUUGGCUUCCUUAAUCUGAUUCAAAAAUCAUAUCUUGAUCUUUGCUUCUGUUUCAUAGUACCUUUAUUUCACUAGAAGCUUUGCUAAUCUACAAUACAAACCUGAUACUCUAAAGUCCAUCUCACUUUUAAUUUCAUCCUAAAUUUCAAAUUCAUUAAUUGUUUUUUAUAUGGCUGGUUAGGGAUACUUUGUUUUCCAUUACAAUUGUACAUGGUUAUUGGCCUCUGAAGCAUCUGUGAGUAUCAAUCAGUGGCCAUGUUGAUUCAAAGUUUAAUGUGACAAUUCGGUUUAUGUAACAAACAGAAGCGAUUUAAACAAAACAAGUGAUUAAAAAAAACAAGUAUCAUAGUAUCGCUGUAAAUGAAAUAAGGUUUGGAUCUGUCUGUAUGUUAAAUUUGUAUGUGUCCUGAUUUGUAUAGAAAAAUAACCUGAGUUGAUAUCAUGCAAGAUGUUCCACGAUACAUGACUAUUGUUUAUUUUGUAUUUAUAUUGGCUCAAACCAUCACCAGAAAGUGUGAUACGGCUUGAAUUUAAAAAAUAACUACAAUUAUAAGAUGAUUAACAGCGACUUGCUGUGGAACAAUUAUGAUACCUCCUAUAGAUGUAGUUUAUUAGUUUAAUAUUAACAGCACGAUAACCAUUUGUCUGUGGUGUUGCUUCCCCCAUGUGUAGUUGUAUUCUGUGGGAAUCAUUUUGAUGGUGCUAUAGCAAAUUUCGUUGAUGCUGAUCAUGGUUUUGCUAUCAAUCUGUUAUACAUAGACUGCAUGCUGUUUUUGUGCUGGACACAUUUUAAUGCCAAAGUGACACGGAGUACUGGUAGUUUGAGUUUGUACAUGUGGACAGGUUGUAAUAUUUUAAGUGUUGACACGAGCUAUUACAUUUGAUUUUUAUGAUUCAUAUCAUGGAAAGGUUAGUUUUUAAAUGUUGUUUUUAAUACACAUAUUAAAAAAUAUAAAUAUUUUGGAAGUUUACAAUACUGUGUAUAUAUUAGGAAUAAUUAAAAGAUGAACACACAUUCCUACUUUGUAAUGUGAGAAUAAAACAUCUAUUUAGUUACAUGUUCACAGGUGUUGUAAACAUUCGCUGUUGACAGACGUUGUUAUGUAUAACUGACAUUUGUAUUUCGCUACAUUUAUCAAAUAGGUUUUUUAGAAUGUGAAGAUAAAGAAAAAUGAUUGAUAAUACACAUAUCUAUAUGUCUGUGAGUGCUUGGUCUGAAUUUCAAAAAUGUUGAUCACUAGUAUUCAUAUUUACAAUCAAAUCUUAUUGAAAUUCCAGUUCCUAUCAUUAAAGAGGUAGGAUUUCAUUUUAGUAUUAGUGAUGCAUGUACCUGACUAAGCUGCAAUCAUCUUAGUUUUUGUCAGACCCUACCACUUGAAAUUGUGUGUAGACCCCAGGUUAUUAAUGGAUUGAUUCUUGUUCAGGCUUAAAAUCUCUCGGUAGCUGUAAACAUUAAUUAAUUAUGUACUUAGGACAACACUUCCAAGCGAUGAUAAAGAGACAUUACAGGAUUGGUACAUGUUAUAUUUUAGCAUAUAGUGCGAGUAGUAGGAUUUUUUUGUUGCUCUGAGAACGUUCUGGUGUUAACUUAAAAGAUGCCAUUCUAGUGCAGUAAAUGAUAGCAUAAUGAUGUCAUAAUAAAGUUCUUACUAUAUUUACACUCAAUUUUUGACAGUGAAGACGUUUUUACAGUGUAUGUAUGUUGUAAAUUCUGGGUUUUACUUUUUUACAGUUUUAAUGUGUAGUAAAAUGGAAUUGCUGUAAUUUGUUGGUAGAAAGGAGUUUUAUGUUUUAGCCUUGUACAACUGUGAGAAUCUUUUAAAGUUGAUGUUCAAACAUGAGUUGCUACUUCCAUGAUUUUCAAGGUGGUACUGUAUAUGUGUGAAUGUACAUUCAUUUCACUGUAAGUUUUCUUCAGUGAACUUUUCAGUUCUUUGAGAUUAAAAAUGUUCAGUUAUAAGUAAUUUGAAUAAUAAUUAGUAAUGUAUUGCUUAAAUAAUUAAAAACAACAAACUGUGCUGUUUUAAAAUUAUGUUCAGGACAGCUGAGAGAUUCUAGGCGUUAGGUCAAACAACAACCUGUCAAACAUAGCAGUGUGAAGUUAUCACAAAAAGUUACUGUUGGCCUGAUUGUUAGCUCAUCAGAUGAUAGUAAUGAAACAAAUUUAUUGAACUAAUGAAAAUUUUACAAUUCUGAACGGCCUCUAUAAAUGUACCAGUUCAUUUUUUAAUUGUUAGGACGAUUUUUGCAUCAUGCGUAGUAGCAUUUCCAACCAAUCAGUGUUACCUCAGAAAGUUUAUUGUAUCAUAUAAACACCUUUAUUGGCAUUGCAAAACAUAAAAGUAUUUAUGUGAAAUUGAUAUCCAUCUUAAACCUUUAAUUAUAAGGAUAGAGUGCUUUUUGAUACAGACUUGUUGUGAUAUGUUGAAAAAUUGGGAGCUAUCAUCAGGAGUAUAUAUGUAUAUUGUUUAAUAAACAUUUUGUUUGUGUUUUUUAAUAUUGGUUAUGGGAGAAUGACAAAAAGCUUAACUUUGUUUGUUUAUUCACCUUAGUAUUUUGUCAGAUUAUUAUAUGUAAAUAUGGUAAUCACAUCAUGUGGAACAGUUCCCUGUGAAAAUUAUGUCAUGUGCUUAGUCAGCUAUGUAUCUGUGUAUUGUGGCCAGGUUGUUCAUAUUUCUAUUUUGUUCAGCAGUGUUAUCAUCUUUGAUUUUGUGAUGAAUUUUAAUGUGCAAUAUGAUAACUGAAAUGAUUGAACAGGAAGAACAGAUUUGAAUAUCUGAUUGUACUAAUUAUUAGAUCAUAUUGACUUGACAGUCAAAAGAUACUGCUUUGUUGGAAAUUUCUGAUUCAUGCUUGGAAUAUAUUCCCCACUCUGAUUAUACUGUUGCAGUGUCUGUUUCUCACUACUUGUUUCCAGUUAAAAGUUAUCCUGACAGAAUCAUCUCGAUAUACAACUGCAAAGUUCAAAAUGCAGUGGGGUAUUGGCCAAACAGAUAAAGAAUCAUGAUUAGAGUGAAAUAAAUUUGGCAGUUGUAUUAAGAAUAUUUUAUGCCCUUGUUUUUCCCGUUUUUUUAACCAGGUAGUAUGAUCCACCUUCUUUACCUAUUAGUGUGUUCUGCCCUUGUUUACCUAGCGGUACCUUCCACGGUCUUCAGUUAUCUGGUAGUAUGAACUACUUUCCAUGGUUACACCUGGUGGUUUGCAUGGUUACACCUGGUGGUGUUUUCCUCCUUCCUUGGCUCCUGACAGUUUGAUCUACCUUCCUUGGUUAUGUGGUAAGAAGCUCCAACUUCCUUUGUUACCUGUUACAAUGUUCCUUGGUUACGUGGUAGUGUGCUCCACUAUCCUUGGUUACCUGGUACAUAUAGUGAGCUCCAUCUUCCUCGAUUACAUCUGGUAGUGUUUAAAUUACUUGUUUGAAUGUUGUAGCAGUUCUUUGGUUACCUGAUGUGUUCCACCUUCAUGGUAACAUUUUCAUCAUGGAAAUGAGGGUUUUUUUCCCCUCAACACUUCUAUCCCGUGGUCAAUGACUUCACAAAAAAGUCAUCUACUUGACAGUUUCUUUUACAUGUACCUAGGUAUUGUGAUUUGUUUUGUGCAAACUUAUGUAUACUGACCACAAAAAUAUCUAUCUUCAGUUUUUCAAAUUAAUGUGCCUUGGCUAUGAUCAUGACAGCUUCACAUUGGCAAUAUAUAUAUUGUAUUUAGAUGUCACUGCCAUCUUUAUCAAUAUAUAUACCAGUAAUUCUGCAGGGAGCUAUGGUUGUAAAUCAUAGCUUUCAGAGGAAUGAUUUAAAGAUAGCAAAUUGUUAGGAAAAAAACACCAGAGGGUUUUUAGCUGUCUGAUGCCACAUCAGAUAUGAGGAUUCCUAGCUUUCUAUUGGGAGAUCAGAUAUGAGGGUUUCUAUUUGUCUUGUGGCAGACAAGAUAUAAGGGUUCCUAGCUGUCUGUUGCCAGACCAGAUAUAAGGGUUCCUAGCUAUCUGAUGCCAGACCAGAUAUGAGGGUUCCAAGCUCUCUGAUGCCACAUCAGAUAUAAGGGUUCUAGCUCUCUGAUGCCACAUCAGAUAUGAGGGUUCCUAGCUCUCUGAUGCCACAUCAGAUAUAAGGGUUCCUAGCUCUCUGAUGCCACAUCAGAUAUGAGGGUUCCUAGCUCUCUGAUGCCACAUCAGAUAUAAGGGUUCCUAGCUCUCUGAUGCCACAUCAGAUAUAAGGGGUUCCUAGAUGUCUGAUGCCAGACCAGAUAUGAGAGUUCCUAGCUCUCUGAUGCCACAUCAGAUAUAAGGGUUCCUAGCUGUCUGAUGCCAGACCAGAUAUAAAGAGUUCCUAGCUGUCUGUUGCCAAAUCAGAUAUAUGGGUCCCUAGCUGUCUGAUGCCAGACCAGAUAUGAGGGUUCUAACUCUCUGAUGCCAGACCAGUUAUAAGGGUUCCUAGCUCUCUGAUGCCCAACUAGAUAUGAGGGUUCUAGCUCUCUGAUGCCAGACCAGAUAUAAGGGGUUCCUAGAUGUCUGAUGCCAGACCAGAUAUAAGGGUUCCUAGCUCUCUGAUGCCAGACCAGAUACGAGGGUUCCUAGCUGUCUGAUGUUUCCACUGUAUCUAUCCAUUAGAAUCCAUUAUUUCUUGUUAUAACAUGGAUUGGUGAUUUUCUUGUAUUCAAAUUAAAAUGUAUUAAAUCAUAUCAUGUAUAACCUGUCACAAUAAUCCACUAAGUCCUGUAUUAUUUAAUCCAAUCAUAUUGGAGUUGUUGAUUCAUCAAAGAUAUAUUACCUUGUUCUAAUAAAAAGCAUAAUUAAAGGAUAUUUAUAUACAA